AUGGGAACAGGGAAGAAGGAGAAAAAUCGCCUCCUGCGGGAAGGCAGGACGCCCGGCGACCCACAUGUCAAGGGAGAGAACUUCUACCGCUCAGCGAAGAAGAUCAAGACCCUCAACAUUCUCAAGGAGGGCAAGCCGAUCCGGGAUAGCAAGGGCAAGAUCGUCAAAGCUGCUUCUUUCCAGAGCAAGGAGGUGCCCAAGGCGGUUAUAGAGCCGAACCGGAAAUGGUUCACCAACACUCGAGUCAUCUCCCAGGACACGCUGCAGUCUUUCCGGGAAGCCAUGGCUGAAAAACAGAAAGAUCCCUAUACGGUCCUGCUGAAGAGCAAUAAGCUGCCUAUGAGCUUAAUCCGGGAUGGGCCAAAGCUUGAAGAUGGUCUCAAGAAACACCAGGCCAAGAUGACCAUUGAGAGAGAACCUUUCUCGGAAACCUUCGGCCCCAAGGCCCAGAGGAAACGUCCCAAGCUCAGCUUCAAUACGGUUGAUGAGCUAGCCGGCUACAGCGAACAGAGCCUCGACUCGUAUCAUGCCCGCCUGGAAGAAAAGAAAUUGCUGAGUGGCGCUGCAGGUGCUGCUGCUCUCGAAAGCGAGGCCCCUGUUGAGGAAGACUUCAGUGUUGCCACCGCAAAGGAGGCAAUCUUCAACAAGGGAACUUCGAAGCGCAUCUGGAACGAACUUUACAAGGUGAUCGAUUCGUCAGACGUCAUCCUGCAUGUUCUGGAUGCGCGCGACCCGCUGGGCACGAGAUGCCGGCAUGUCGAGAAGUAUCUCGCUGCCGAAGCGCCACAUAAGCAUCUCGUGUUUGUAUUAAAUAAGAUCGACCUUGUACCAUCCAGCCAAGCGGCUGCAUGGAUCCGCAUUCUUCAGAAGGAUCAUCCCACUUGUGCGAUGCGGGCCAGCAUCACAAAUCCCUUCGGCCGUGGUUCUCUAAUUGAUUUGCUACGGCAGUUCAGCGUGCUUCACAAGGACCGCAAGCAAAUUAGUGUCGGUCUGAUCGGCUACCCCAACGUGGGCAAGUCAAGUAUCAUUAAUGCCCUCCGCGGGAAGGCUGUGGCCAAAGUCGCACCGAUCCCUGGUGAGACCAAGGUUUGGCAAUAUGUCACACUGAUGAAGCGCAUUUAUUUAAUUGAUUGCCCUGGUAUUGUGCCACCUAAUCAGCAUGAUACACCGGAAGACCUCCUUCUCCGUGGCGUUGUCCGCGUCGAGAAUGUUGAACACCCUGAGCAAUACAUUCCGGCUGUUUUGAGGAAGGUCAAGCAGCAUCAUAUGGAAAGAACGUACGAGCUCAGGGGCUGGAAGGAUCACAUUGAGUUCCUUGAAAUGCUCGCCAGAAAAUCUGGAAGGUUGCUGAAAGGUGGUGAACCAGAUGUGGAUGGCGUUGCCAAACAGGUGUUAAACGACUUCAUGCGAGGCAAGAUUCCUUGGUUUACUCCAGCUCCUGAGCCCGAGAAGGGUGAUGAGCCAGUGAUAGAAGGACGAGCAGGUCGUCUCGGCGAAAUGCCGAAGAAACGAAAGCGGGAAGAGACUGAAAGCGUUGCCGACACCUCAAUGGCCGAUUCAACUGCGGCAGCCGAGCCUGAAGAUGAAUCAGAAGAUGAAGGUUCUGACUCUGAGUCCGAGUUCUCCGGUUUUUCGAGCGAUAGUGAUUCAGAGGUGGAAGUAGAAGUUGGAAAAGAAGCUCAGGAUGACAGCGCACCAGAUAUGAUACCCCUUGACGAGACAAGUGAUGAGGAUGAAUAUAAUGAAGAGGAUGACGAUGGUGAGGAGGAUGGUUCAGAAGAUGGGGACGAGAUGUCUGACAAUGACAUCGAAGACGCCAGCGACAUCGAAUCUGAAAGCGAAUCUGAACCUUCUCCUCCCAAAAGGCGUAAGAAGGCGAGGUAG